AGAGCAUUGAACAUGAAGACCAACUGUUGACGUCGUGAGACAUGGUGUCAGCAAAUAAAAGUGACAAUUGAAACACUCUAAUUGCAGGCCCUGCAUUUUGAAAGCCGCUACCACUGUUCGUGUCAUAGUUAUCGCGGGCCGUCAUCUGUGCAAAGCUGGGGAUAGCAGCUGUCAUAUAACAUCUGGUAACAUCUGGCAUCAUCUCCCAGAAUGGCAGCAUUAACGUCCCUCUCACCAACUCGCCCUCUCAGCUCCCGCGCGUUUAACCUGCCCUCCUCUUCUUCAUCGUCAGACACUGAAGAUGAUGCGCCACUCCCCUUUCCCACUGCUCUGCCUCGCAGCGACUUCCUCGCUCCCGACUUCGACCCCGCCGCAUACCUCUCCGAGUUGCACAGCGGCGCACACCGACACCAGACACUCGAAGACUUGCGGUCCGACCUGCGCGAAAGAAGUGCAGCUAUUAGCGGCGAACUUCUGGAGCUAGUGAAUGCAAACUACACGUCCUUCCUGAGCCUGGGGAACGAAUUGAAGGGCGGCGAAGAACGGGUGGAGGAUGUCCGGGUGGGCCUGCUGGGUUUCCGAAGAGCGGUCGACGAGGUGCGGUCUAAAGUUGGGGACAGAGGUCGAGAGGUAGGGGGGUUGAACAAAGCGCUCACGGUGACGCGGGGGGAGAUCGAGAAAGGACGGCAAAUGCUCGAAUUAGGCGACAGGAUCGAGAGUCUUGAGGACCGGCUCGCACUGAACGGCGCGGAUCAGGAUUCGCUGUCUGAAGAGAGUGAAGAUGACGAAGCUGAUGAGUCGGAAGGGAAUUAUGGAAUGGUGGGCAGUAGCGCGGCGAAAUUAAAGUCCCUGGCUCACGAGUACGUGGCGAUAGAGCAUCUGGCCGACCGCAUUGGGCUGGACACAGUGUUGGUGAGGAAGAUGGGGGAGAGAAUGACAAGGUGCAGGGAUACGAUACUGCUUGAUCUUAACACGGCGAUUAGGGAGGCAAGGAAAGUCGGAGAUAAGGGGAAAGGGAAAGUUGUACGUUUAAUGGGGGUCUACGCUCUGUUAGACGCGCAGAGUGAAGCCGUCAAGGCUCUGAAGGCGAUUUGAGCAAUUGGCCGUGUGUGAACUGCUGUUGGUCCAGAGCCAGAACGGCAGCAGAACAGUACUUCAGGCAAGCGUGGCAAAAGAUACCCGGCACAAUACGAACAAAACGAAUAUGAUUUACAUGAUAUACACA